UUCCGGAACAGAGGGGGCGGUAAUGCUCCAUUAAGUUGGAUGCCAACCGCCGGUGAAAAAGAAAGAAGAAGAAGAAGAAGAAGAAGAAGGCACAGCAGAGGGGGGUUAAGUAAAGAGCCGUCGGAUUCCUCAGAAGCGCUAGUCAUGUUACUAGUCAGCUGAUGUUCAGUUCAGUACUGUGUGUCGUCGACUUUCUUGAAUGUCUGCAGAAGGCACUCUGCAAAACUGAGGUUUGACGAUUAAUUCUUCAAAAGUGCAGACGAUUGUUUCAGAAUGACACAGUGGGAGCGAUUGCAGCAGCUGGAUACAGUGUAUUCACAGAGGGCUUUUGAUCUGUAUAAUGGAGAUGAAUUCCCAAUGGAUGUGAGACAUUACCUGGCACAUUGGAUCGAGGGCCAGGACUGGGAACGUGCUUCUCGGGACUCUUCCCAAGCUGCAUUCCUGUUUCAGGUGCUUUUAGAGAAUCUGGACAACCAGUUCAGUCGUUUUGCGCAAGAGAGAGACAGUUUCCUACUGCAGCGUAAUUUCAGACGCUACAAACAAAACUUUCAGAAAUACCAAGAGGAACCCUAUACUCUUGCUACUAUUAUCAACUGGUUCCUGGUGAAGGAGAAAGGGAUCUUAAAUGAUGCAGAGCUUGCACAGCAAGUGCAGACGUUGCAGGUUCAGCCAGCUGCAAUGGAGUUGGAGAGCCAGAGACAAGUUGAAAAGAGGUUAAAAGACCUUAAGACCAAAGUAGAGGUGAUGGAGCACAGCAUAAGGUGUUUGGAGGAGCAGCAGGAUGAGUUUGAUUUUAAAUAUCAGACACACCGAAUGGACUCUUGCACAGCAGAAGAGAAGAAAAAGCAAUUAGAAGGGCUUCAGAAGAUGCUCAAUGCAGUCGAUAACUGCAGAAGGAACUUCCUGUCUGAUAUCUCGGCUAUAUUGAAUGCUGCUGAUGUUCUGUGCUCAGCACUCAUAGAUGAGGAACUGGUGGAGUGGAAGCGGAGACAACAGAAGUCCUGCAUUGGUGCUCCUGAUGAUACAAGUCUGGAACACUUAGAGAAAUGGUUCACUCAAAUUAUAGAGUGCAUGUUCCAGCUGCAGAUGUUCUUACAGAAGCUUGAUGAGCUGGUAGGAAAGAUGACCUACGAAAAUGACCCCAUCCCAGUCCAAAAACCCCCUUUACAGAGUAGAGUGGACACUCUACUGACCCAUCUGAUAAAAAGCUCAUUUGUUGUAGAGAAUCAGCCAUCCAUGCCGCAAGGUCGAGGCCUCCUGGUGCUGCGCACAAAUGUUCAGUUCUCAGUCAAAGUCAGAUUGUUAUAUAAAGUUCCUGAACUCAACCAUGUUAUGAAGGUGACUGUUUCUGUUAACAAUGCUACUUCACAACUGAAAGGGUUUCGGAAAUUUAAUGUGCUGGGUACCUUGAGUAAAGCCCUUAACAUGGCUGAGAGUAUGAAUGGGGGCAUGGUUGCUGAUUUCAGACAUUUGACUUUAAAAGACCGGAAAGUUGGUGGUGGAGGAAAAGGAAUUAAUGAUCUCUCAUUGAGUGUUACUGAAGAGCUCCACAGAAUAACCUUUCAGACCCAGUUUGACUAUCAAGGCCUGUCUGUCCCUUUGGAGACCUCUUCUCUUCCUGUUGUGGUGAUUUCAAACUCCAGUCAGCAGCAGAGCGCUUGGGCGUCUGUUCUGUGGUUCAACAUGCUCUGUCCAGAUCCCGAGAAUGUCAAGUUUUUUGAAACCUCUCCUGCAGCCACUUGGCCACAGUUUGGGGAAAUGCUAAGUUGGCAGUUUCUCUCCUGUGGGAAACGUUGUCUACACAAUGACCAGCUGGAGACACUUGCCAUCAAGCUCUUUGGUAAACAACAGAGCUAUGACAACUGUAAGAUAUCCUGGACCAAGUUCAGUAAGGAGAAUCUCCCUGAUACAAACUUCACCUUGUGGGUGUGGCUGGAUGGCAUUCUAAACCUGGUUAAACUCUACCUGUCAGACCUGUGGAGUGAUGGGUCUAUAAUGGGUUUUGUCAGCAAGGGGAAGGAAAGACUUUUAUUGAAGAAGAAGCAGAACGGCACUUUCCUGUUGCGUUUUAGCGAAAGCAUCAAAGAUGGAGGAAUCACGUUCAGCUGGGUGCAGUACGCUAAUGAUGGCACUCCGAGUGUGCAUACAGUGAAACCAUUCACCAGUACUGACCUAAAGCAGAUUGCUUUACCUGAUAUCCUCUGCAACCUAAUAAUCAUAGCAGAAAAAAAUAUUCCAGUUAACCCACUGUGUUACCUUUACCCAAACACUCCCAAAGACCAGGCCUUCGGCAAAUACUACAGUGAAAAGACUGAAGAGGAGAAUCCUUACCUGAAGUAUCUCAAAACCAAACUGGUUUUUGUCUCUAAAGAGAAUAGCUGUUCUGGCGUCAGAGAGGGGCCAGAGUCUGACCUGUGCACACAGGACAGAGACCCUCCUUCCAUUUCUGAUGCGGGUGAUGAGGAUGUGUUGCUCAGAGAGUCCGAGAAGUCUCCAAUGCUCUCCAGCUCUACCACUGAUGCUGAUAUUCUUAACAGUAUGUUGGACAUUGAUGGCGAGAGCACUGUUCCAAAACCAUUUCCUGCAACCUCUCCCCACAUUUCACUAUCAUGCCUCCACCAAAACUUUCCAGAAAGUGCCGGGGAUAACCUUGAAGAAGCCCACUUUACCGACACAUUUCAAGAGUUUUUCAAUGAAAUAAACUUUCAAAUACAGCAGGAGGAGCAAGAUGACGUCAUCCUUGAUCUUGGUUUUUAAGAUCUUGGCAAUCCCAACAUACCACUGACCCCCUGAAUUUGAUCCAUUUAACACAAACCCAUGAUCCAUGUGGUUAGCUAAAACUCAAGCCGUAUAAUGCUUUCCGUAGCUCUGAUUUGUUGUAAAUAAGUAUCAAGUAGAGAGGCAUAAUACAGGACAGGUCAUUACUUCAUUUUCAGUACUGAUUUUAUUAUUACUUUAUCCAUUUAGAGUUUAUAUCUGAAUGUCUACUCAUCCAAUCAUCUGUUACUUAUGUCUAUUCAAUUUUAAGGGAGUAAAGCCUUUGACAAGGAUGAGUGAGGUCUUAGUCUUAUUCGUAAGCUGCUAGUAAAUAUUUGUCCCUAUAAAAAUAAGCUGGAAAGAAAAAGUUUCAUUGAAAUUAAUUCAAACAAUAUAGAGCUCCUUAGCAAUGAAAAUGAGUGGAGAUUAGAGUUUGGAUGACUUUAUAAAAAAAAAAAAAAAAAAAGAUUUCUGCCAUUUAACCUAAGUAAAGAUCAUGCUUUUAUGGUCCAAGUAUAUGAUCAGCAGAACAGUUUGUAUUCUAUUCUAAUUAACUGGGCCUUACUGGGGAGAUAAUUUGGUAAGUGAAAGUAAUAAACUUUAUUAAUGUGUCAAACACCUUUAGUAAUGUGAAUUUGGCAUUAGCUUUGAGCUAAUGGUUUUAAAAGCAUCUUAACAGCAAAGCCAUUUCUUUGCAUGAAUCUAUGACUAUAUAACUAAUUCUCCAUCUACAUAGUGCAAAAGUUCUAAAAAUUGAAAAAUGUAUUUUCAAUAGAAAAAAAUGAAUUACAGUACAUUAAAACAGAUGCAGAGCUUGGUUUAAAUCACUUAAUUUGACAUUUAAAGGCACCAAUGUUGAUGAUGCUUUUAAAGUAGUCUUUGACUCUAGGAUUUGAGGCACCCUCACUUUUAUUAUCAAUUUUUUUUUUUAUUUUGUAUAACCACUAUUGAGACUGUAGAAAAGUUCCUGAAUGCAUUGCUUUUGAGUCAUCUGGAUUUUUUUUACUUGUAGUUAAUAGUGAUUUGAUGGGUUUAUUGAAAGCCAUCAAAUCACUUUUUUGAUAGUGUGCAUUUGCCGGGUACUCUAUAUGUGCUUACAUUGAGUACAGUGUAUCGAAAAGUCCAAGAAAAGACAUUACGAUCCUGAAUGUCAUAGUCUUGAAUGUUGUAAGGGAAGGGAAUGUGGAAAUAUCCCAACACAGAAGAGUUUCAUCUUCAUCGGUUUUCAAAAAUAGAUAGACCACUGUGCUUAUUAUAGUAUGCGGUACAUGGCAAUACUACUGUGUUGAGGCUUUCUAGGAAAUUGUGUCCACUGCCAACCUUAGUGAUAAAAAUGAUAAUUUCCAUUUUUAUAGAAGUUAAUCACAGUAUCUGCCUAAUCAAAUCUGUAAUUAGGCAGAUACUGUGAUUAACUAAUUUAAAAAUGGAAAUAAUCAUUUUGACACUUUCAUCUUCUAGAAUUUUGAAAGCUGAAUUUAGUUCAAAUGUUCUAUUAUCCCAGUUGAAGGCAGAGCUUUAUCUGGCUGGUGAAAAUACUUGAUAAUAUUGGUUUUAGAUGUUAACAUCUUUUAAACAAAAUGAAAUCGAAUCAGACUGAUUGUAUGGUUACUCUGACAGUAAUACUGUGAUUUCUGUUGACAGAAAAAGGCACUUGAGUGAGUUGUUGUGUAACAAUAGAUAAAUCUGUCAUAAUGCCAUUCUAAAUGAAAACCAAGAUACCUACCUGAUCUGGCAAAAUGUUUUAUACAGUCCCAUAAUAGAGUGGUGAGAUGUUGUGUUAACAAGUUAAAACCAGUUAAGUUACCAAGACCAUAUCUGUACCCUUACUCAGGGAAAAAAUUGGAUUUGUCCCAUGUUCCAUUGUACACAUGCCUUUUAUAUAGACAAACAGAAUUUGGAAUUGGUGUGACAUAUAAUAGCUAACUGUGGCCAUUCUGAAUUCCUUGAACAUGAUACCCAGAAUUUUUUACCUGAUGAUCUUAAAUAUCUAAAUACAGUAUAACCUUAGCUUUGA